CUCUGUGCGCUCACUGGCACACCUCCCUCUCCUCCUCCCCAUCGUCUUCUUCUUAAUUGCGCAUCGGCACUCCGGCAGCACCGCACUGGGAGUCACGAGCAAAAGCGUUUGAAAUAUAUGUAGAGAAUAAAACAAAGUGAGGGUGGUGAUGAGCUUUCUGAGUCUGUGGAACAAGAACAUGAUGGACUGAACUUUAAACAUGUUCCAAGCGGGAUUUGCAUUCAGUUGUUCUCGGUUGGUGGAAUAUGUUAAAGGUGGACUUCCAGCUGGGCUGAUGCUGAUUAAUGAAACCAUGACACGUUUUCUUCUGCUGCUGCUGACAGAGGUGAUGCUUUUUGUGUGAAACUGCUCCAACGCAGAGAGCCCCUAAAUCCGGAAUAAACAGGACUGCUUCCCGUUUCUGACAGACUGCUGAGGAUGACCAAAGACAUUCAAAUAAUGAUGUAAUAAAUAGAUUUCCUGCACACGCAUCUUCGAGUGAAUGGACACAAACUGCACCGACUGGCAUCCAAGUGCGUCAGACCUGAGCGGACAGCCGUUACGCAUGGAGACAGCUCGGGACUGAGAGGAUUUUUGUUUCGCUUGUUCACAUUUUUUAUGAUUUUAACUGACAAAAGAGGGACAAAGUUAUUCUACUCCUCCUCGAACAGAAAAUGAGUAGCUGUCUCUUUCGACUAGCACUCUUCCUGGCUUGCGUCCUCUCCAUCAGCUGCACCGCUGCGCCCGGGACCGAGGCGGAGGCGCACACGGCGUCCAGGAAUACCUGCGCGUCCUGCGGCGUCGCUCAGCCGGAGGACCCCGAGUCGGGCCGGCUGAACGUGGACUUCCUGGAGGCGGUGAAGAGGCACAUCCUGAGCCGGCUGCAGAUGCGGGAGAGGCCCAACAUCACUCACCCGGUCUCGAAGGCGUCCAUGGUGACGGCGCUGCGGAAGCUCCACGCCGGGAAGCUGCGGGAGGACGGGAGGGUGGAGAUCCCCAACCUGGACGGACAUCCGAUGAGCAACGACGUGCUGGAGGAGAGCUCGGAGAUCAUCAGCUUUGCGGAGAAAGAUGAUAUGGUGACAUCCAAGUCCAGCCUCUUCUUCCAGAUCUCCAGUGAGGGGAACCAGAACCUGCAUGUGACGCAGGCCACCCUCUGGCUCUACUUCAAGCUUCUGCCGUCUCCUCUGGAGGUGCGUCCAAGGCGGAAAGUGACGGUGAAGGUAUACUACCAGGAGCCCGGCCUCAGCAGCAAGUGGAACCUGGUGGAGAAACGGGUUGACCUGAAGCGCAGUGGCUGGCACACCUUCAUGCUGACCGACGCCGUCCGGUUGGUGUUUGAGAAGGGCGACCGGCGCCAGAACCUGGAUGUGCGUUGCGAGGGCUGCGAGGCAGACGGCGUGGUGCCCAUCCUGCUCAACCACAACGAUGAGUCCCACCGGCCCUUCCUGGUGGUGCAGGCGCAGCAGGUUGACAACAAACACCGGAUCCGCAAGAGGGGGCUGGAGUGUGACGGUAGCAGCAACCUGUGCUGCCGCCAGCAGUUCUACAUAGACUUCCGGCUCAUCGGCUGGAACGACUGGAUCAUCGCGCCGUCUGGCUACUUUGGGAACUACUGCGAGGGGAACUGUCCAGCCUACAUGGCAGGCGUCCCCGGUUCAGCCUCCUCCUUCCACACAGCGGUGGUGAACCAGUACCGCAUGCGAGGGAUGAGCCCGGGCUCCAUGAACUCGUGCUGCAUUCCCACCAAGCUUAGCACCAUGUCCAUGCUCUACUUCGAUGACGAGUACAACAUCGUCAAGCGGGACGUUCCCAACAUGAUCGUGGAGGAGUGUGGCUGUGCUUGAGUACGUUUUGUUGUUGUUUAUUUAAAGUGGAACUGAAAACUGUAAACAGAUUCACAAAAUUACAACAAGAAAAUGAAUAUAGAAACAGAAUAUUUAUGGACGAUGGAGAAAACAUGCGCUCGCGCAACCUCAUCCACACAUAUCUACACACUCUCAUGUAUGCCUGCACAAAAACUUGUAUAUAUAUUUAUGUUUGUUGAUAUAUUUCAUUAUAUUCUCUAGUAGAAGACUGUUUCUGUCUAGAAAUGAUUCAGUCUCCUUCAAAGCGACAUGAAGAGUUCUCUUCCAAAUCUUUAAAUAUCCACUUUGGAAAACAAUCAAUCCCUUCAGUUCUUCAUUAAAUAUCUCUAAGAUAGGCGGGGAUCUGGUUUGCUAAAGUGUUCAAGACUUAUGUAACCUACUAGCCUUUACUGUCACUGACUUUUCAGUCACGUUGUUAGAGUAGUUACCACUUGUUUAGAAGUGAGUAUCUUGUUUUGGAAUUAAACUCUUCAUGUGUAGAACAUAAACCCAACCUUGAACGUGAAAAAAAAAUCGCCUUCCAAGGAGGUGUGGGGAGCCUUACACGAGUCAGAAGGUUGUGGUGAUUCAACUAUGCCUCUUUUUAGAGCAGUGUGCACAAACACGUGGGACAAGCACUGAAAAUGUUAAUACACCUGUCAAACUUCAUCAACGCACAGCACUUCUGGCCAGGACUCACAUUUACACUACGUCUUAGAGAAACUUUGUUCCCGGGAUGAAACCCGCUUCAAGAUGCUAUGAACAUUUGGACGCAUUCCAGAAACGGAUGGAAACAGACAAUAUCAACAUUAUCUGUAGAGACUUUUCAGCAAGGUUUCUGUUACACUGGCGCUGUCACCAAACCGCGAAAUAACCCUUGAAGGUAACAACUAAAAGGUAGACUUGCCAAUAUGAGGUGGCGCACCUGAGAAUUUUAAAACUGUUUUGAAGUUGUGUUUCUGAUCUGCAUCUCUUCACAGCUCUGGAUUAUUCUCUUUCCAUUAUCUUCAUUCUCGGUACUGCUUUUUUAACUGUUAUCUACCUAAACCCAACCCUAACUUGGGUGGUUGUUUCUCCGUCCCUCUCCUCAAAUUACAAAUCUAUUUCUCAAAUUACUAAUUUGUGCGCCCAAUUUUUCUUAUUUAUUUCCCUAAAUUUAGGAAUUUGCAACUUCAAAUUACUUGAUUCUUUCCCUUGAAACAACAUCUUCCCUCAGAUUACAAAAUUGUGCACCAAAGUAAUCAGUUCCAUCAAAUUAAUAUCUUUAAGUUCAGACACUCACUAUGAACCACGGUAGGAUUUUGAUUUUGGACUGUGAGACACAAAUCAUGUCCAGCUCUGCUCAGUCCCAAACAAAAUCUGACGUACCAUCCAAACUUUAAAUAAUUCUACCAAGUAAACUUAUUGCGUGGUUUUGACUUUGCAGACCAAACGUCCACCCUUCCCCUUGGUCUUUGUAUCAUUAAAGUAAAAACAGUUUUCCAAGGACUGUGUUUUCUUCUACUCUUGGUAUGGGUUUAACAAGUACUCUUUUGUAGCAUAUGAAGAUGGUGGAAUGGAAAUCAGAAAUAACCUCGCGUUUAUCCAUUUUUGUUAAUGUUUGGAUAUUGCAAGCAAAACCUCCCUUCACCUUCUCCUCGAACGGGAAGGUUCGAUUCCUUCCAGUUGUUCAAAUCAAAAAAAGGUUUAACGUAUCUCUCAUUUCAGUCAGUGAAAGUGAAAAGUUGCCAUAUUGCUUAGUUUAGUGAUGGUGCUGCUCUGCACUUCACACUUUGAUAGCACUUGCAGAUAGAAAUGCCUUUAAAGAGCCCUAUGAGGCGCAUCGUUGCCCACAGUCCUUCUAAAAGAAAUAAGUGCCGCAUGAGCUAUGCAAUGUAUAGUAUUUACCCAUAUUCCAGACAGGCUGAUCUUAAGCUCUUCUGACAAACUAUCACCAAUACUUGAAACGUAAUGUGUGGCAAGCAGGGGCAGGAUGGGUUUUGGCUAGGAGGCAUGAGGAGACAGACAACUAAAUGCUGUCCUGUGUGUGUGUUUCUGGUAGUAGAUAAUGAAGUAUUGUACUUGAUAGCUCCACUCAAAAUGAAUUAAAAAUCAAUGUUUGAGAAACCCAGCAAGUCAUCUGACAAUCGUUACAACUGUUGAAAACAGCUCUGAAAUCCUCUCCGAUCAGCUGGAAGGAAAAUUCAACCCUGUCUCUUGAAAGUUAUGUUUAUAUUCUACUAAAUGGUUUUGGUAAAUAUAUUCUAAAGGGAAUGGAAUUACUGCCUGGAUCCAGUUCAUGUAGCACUACGUUCAAAGUAUUGUGUUGAUAUAAAUCAUUAUCCGGGUGGCAUUACAUUUCUUUCUAAACUUGUGUAUAAAUCAAAUUAGUUGGCGACAGGGUUAGAAAAGUAUUGCGUCUGCUGCGUGAUAAAGUUGAUGUUUAUGCAUUUGAAAACUGUAUUGUUCAAAACAAACGAAGAUGGCAGCUGGAAGUGACACAUCUCUCUGUCCAUUCUGUAUAGCGUUUAGGGGUGUGACGAGACGAGAUUCGAGACUGGGUUCACAAGAUCGAGAUGAGAUUUUAACAAUAUUUUUAAGAAAUCUUUAAUGCUGAAUUAGAUGAAAGACUUUAAUUCCUGCAUUCUGAUAAAUUUUUCCAGUUUAUGUUGAUUUUUUAUUUUAUUUACAUAAAGAGAAACACAAAAUUCAGGUGGCAGGUGACCAUUCAAAAUUCAUUUAUUCAUAAUAUAUAUGUCAUUCUGUGCUGCUUUCCACAUGUAACAUCAUCCCUGCUGAGUCAUGAUUUAGCCUUCCCUCCUCUUUGUCUUUGUUUGGGGAAGUAACCUCUUUAAAUGUGGCACCUUUUCACCUCAAUGAGAAAUUAUUAAAUUUUUAUAAACUGCUGGACUUUAAUAGCUCCUGUGUUUCAGCAGCUUUUCUGCUCAUGUUCAAAACUUUCUGCACGUUCAGAAUCUCCCACAGAGAUCAUUUGAUGAGAGGUCUACCUGCCCUUUACUCUGCUGUGCAUUACGUUAUUGAUCCGCUGGAAGUAACGUUAUCCCCUUCAAACCGUUUGACUGACGCAGUUUGGGACUGCAUGUGAAACCGAAAGCAACUGAAAGACUUGUGAUCAGGCAGAAAUCUCACCACAAAUCCGCACACGUUAACUUCAGCUGCUCUGAUAAAGUGCAGCUCACAGUCCCAAACAGAGCAGGCUGCGCUUCAUUUUUUAGAUGUUUAUGUUGCAAAACUCUACCAGCUAUGUUACCACUCGUCACGGCUGUCUGCGGUUGAUUACGAUCAGGGCGUCCGCCGGUGUGGCAUCAGCUGAGUUGAUUAUCUCUGCGAGUCUGUCUUAUCAGUUAUACAUUUGUAUUUCACUAUGUGAGAAGAUAAAUGUGUGGCUUUACUUACAGCAUGAAAAAUGUCAAUUGCGUGAGUCUGGCGAGACAGCUUUUUACCUGACGAGAUAUCUCGUCACAAUUUAAUCUCGCGAGAUCUCGUCACACCCAUAAUAGCAUUCCAAAAAUAUCUUUGCUACACAAAAUCAUUUUAAUCUUCUGAGCUUUUUCUUAAUAUUUACUAGAUAAUGGUACCUCUUUACUCCUAAAAACAUUAUUCAAACAAAACCAAGGCUUAUAAAACCUAUGACAAGUGCUCGCAAGUAGACCUUUAUUUGUUUUAGGGGAUCAAAAGCUUUUAAUUUAUUUUAUUUUUUCUUAUUCGUACAAGACAAGAAGGUGAUAUGUCACUUUCAGCUGUCAUCUGGCUGGAUGGACGAGUUUUUAAAGAUUCAGUCAGUGUUAUUGAAUAAUCUGUUGGGUUUUUUUUUUUUCUCAAAGUUUCCUUUUUAAUCAUCAAGUUAAACCUCUGAAAUAUAAAAGGAGGCUAAAUGGGGCUAACAUUGACCCAAAUGUGAUGCAUGAAUAGUGAUUGUGGUGUCUUAAUGAAUGUGUCCCUGUGGAGUUCCCAUCAUGGCCUGUUCGGCACCGAAACACACUUUGAGACACAGUUUCAGGCCUCAGUCACUUUUACAUCACUUUGACAUUUUCAGGUUAAACGUUUCCGCGACCUGCUAUUUUACUAGUCCACUAUCUCACCUCUUCCCGCCUUCUGCAGAACGCUCGACCACGACUUUGCCUGCCACUGUAAUAUUUCGCUUGUUCUUCAAAGCGAAUGGUUGUUAGAAUAUUUGCACUGAGGAGCUGCGUAACUAGUUAUAAGAAAAAUGAAAUAAAUAGAAACUGCCAUUGAAAAAAAUAGUUAUUUUUAUAGAAGCAAAAUUGAGCUCUGUUCAAAUGUAUUAUACCUAAUCAUGGAACCAAAGAGGCCAAGAGGUUUAGCUAUUGAAAGACGGCAACGCCGCCACGUUUUUGUAGUUGUAAAUGACUUUGUGACAGUUAAAAGAGGCCUAAACACUGUAUCAGGGUAUAAUAUCAGUCCAUAAUCAGCUUAAUCUCUUUUCUAUUUUGUACCUAGACAUGGAAUAUUUCAUAUUUUUUCAUCAAAUUACUUAAAUAUUCCUAGUUUUCUUUUCUUUCUUUGUUAGCUCUCGUUACAGAAUCAUUUAGAGUAAAGCACACGUCAUCUGAUCCCUGUACAGUCGAUGUAACAUAUGAAUAUGCUUUUGAAAUAUAUUGUUCUUUGUAAUUGUUGAAAAAUAAAUUUCUUAUUCACAAUUGUA